UCCACCCCGUGAGUGAAUCAGUCCACCCCCACCUUUCAAACCGAAAGCUGUAUCACAGACAGCGAGAGAAAUAAAUCUAACAAUUUCCACAACCGUCGCCGACAUGUCAUCCACCAGCGAGAGCAGGUACACCUAUGAGCAGUACAAAGAGACAGCUGAUUGGCUGCUGGAGCGUACGCAGCACAUGCCCAAGGUGGCCAUCAUCUGUGGUUCUGGACUGGGAGGGCUGGCAGACUUACUGGAGAAUAGUGUAGCCUUCCCUUAUAAAGACAUCCCUCACUUCCCUCAGAGCACAGUGCCAGGCCAUGCUGGGAAUCUGGUGUUUGGGGAGCUGCAAGGGAAGGCCUGUGUUUGUAUGCAGGGCAGGCUCCAUUACUAUGAGGGCUACAGCAUUGCCAUGGUGACGUACCCGGUGCGUGUGUCUACUCUGCUUGGGGUGGAGACGUUGAUAGUGACCAACGCUGCAGGAGGACUGAACCCUAAGUUCAAUGUUGGUGACAUCAUGUUGAUCAGAGACCACAUCAAUAUGCCUGGCCUGUCCGGCAUCAACCCUCUGAGGGGACACAACGAUGACAGGUUUGGUGUUCGGUUCCCCUGCAUGUCGGAUGCGUAUGAUGCAGACCUGGGCCGUUUGGCUCGAGAGGUUGCGGAGGAGCAGGGCUGUUCCUCUUUCCUCCAACAGGGGGUGUACUGCAAUGUGGGCGGCCCCGCCUUCGAGACAGUGGCAGAGAGCAAGAUACUGCUGAGCCUGGGGGCAGACGCUGUGGGUAUGAGUACAGUGCCAGAAGUGAUUGUGGCUCGUCACGGUGGUCUGCGUGUGUUUGGUCUGUCUCUCAUCACCAACCGCGUGGUAUCAGAGUAUGGCAGCCAGGAACGCGCCAACCAUGAGGAGGUGCUGGAAAUCACCCAGCGACGCACACAGGACCUGCAGAAACUCAUCAUCAACCUCUUGGCCCGAAUAUAGAUACACACACUAUCUGAUAGUGAUGUUCAAUUAAUUUUUUAUUUAUUGAACCUUUAUUGAACCAGGUAGGCUAGUUGAGAACAAGUUCUCAUUUACAACUGCGACCUGGCCAAGAUAAAGCAAAGCAGUUCGACACAUGCAACAACACAGUUACACAUGGAAUAAACAAGCAUACAGUCAAUAAUACAGUAGAAAAAGCCUAUGUCACGUUCGUCAUAACUAGGAGACCAAGGCGCAGCGUGAGAUGAAUACAUUCUUCUUUAUUUAAACAAAGAACACUAAACAAACUAACAAAAAUAACGUGACGCUAUAAACACGAGUGCUGACAUGCAACUACACAUAGACAAUAACCCACAAAACCAAAAUGGAAAAUGUCAACCUAAAUAGGAUCCCCAAUCAGAGACAACGAUAAACAGCUGUCUCUGAUUGGGAACCAAUUCAGGCCACCAUAGACCUACAUUUACCUAGACAAUACCAAAACCCCAUAGGUAUACAAACCCCCCUAGACAAGACAAAAACACCCAUACCACCCUCGUCACACCCUGACCUAACCAAAAUAAUAAAGAAAAGGCGGGCAGGGCGUGACAGUCUAUAUACAGUGUGUGCAAAUGAGGUAGGAUAAGAGAGGUAAGGCAAUAAAUAGGCCAUGGUGGCAAAGUAAUUACAAUAUAGCAAUUAAACACUGGAAUGGUAGGUGUGCAGAAGAUAAAUGUGCAAGUAGAGAUACUGGGGUGCAAAGGAGCAAGAUAAAUAAAUAAAUACAGUAUGGGGAUUUUAUUUAUUUUUUAUUUUAUUUUACCGUUAUUUUACCAGGUAAGUUGACUGAGAACACGUUCUCAUUUGCAGCAACGACCUGGGGAAUAGUUACAGGGGAGAGGAGGGGGAUGAAUGAGCCAAUUGUAAACUGGGGAUUAUUAGGUGACCAUGAUGGUUUGAGGGCCAGAUUGGGAAUUUAGCCAGGACACCGGGGUUAACACCCCUACUCUUACGAUAAGUGCCAUGGGAUCUUUAAUGACCUCAGAGAGUCAGGACACCCGUUUAACGUCCCAUCCGAAAGACGGCACCCUACACAGGGCAGUGUCCCCAAUCACUGCCCUGGGGCAUUGGGAUAUUUUUUAGACCAGAGGAAAGAGUGCCUCCUACUGGCCCUCCAACACCACUUCCAGCAGCAUCUGGUCUCCCAUCCAGGGACUGACCAGGACCAACCCUGCUUGAUGGGAUGAGGUAGUUGGAUGGGCUAUUUACAGAUGGGCUAUGUACAGGUGCAGUGAUCUGUGAGCUUACCUAGCAAAGACUUGUAGAUGACCUGGAGCCAGUGGGUUUGGCGGCGAGUAUGAAGCGAGGGCCAGCCAACGAGAGCGUACAGGUCGCAGUGGUGGGUGGUAUAUGAGGCUUUGGUGACAAAACGGAUGGCACUGUGAUAGACUACAUCCAAUUUGUUGAGUAGAGUUUUGGAGGCUAUUUUGUAAAUGACAUCGCCAAAGUUGAGGAUUGGCAGGAUGGUCAGUUUUACGAGGGUAUAUUUGGCAGCAUGAGUGAAGGAGGCUUUGUUGCGAAAUAGGAAGCCGAUUCUAGAUUUAAUUUUGGAUUGGAGAUGCUUAAUGUGAGUCUGGAAGGAGAGUUUACAGUCUAACCAGACACCUAGGUAUUUGUAGUUGUCCACAUAUUCUAAGUCAGAACCAUUCAAUACUGUCAGUACAAUAAAAAUUAAGGACAGCUUGAAUCAGAGAGAUACGUGUCACGUUCCUGACCUGUUUUUCCUUUUUCUUGUGUUUAUUUAGUUGGUCAGGGCGUGAGUUGGGGUGGGUUGUCGAGGUGUUAUUUUCUUGUUGGGUUGUUUGUGUUCGGCCGGGUAUGAUUCUCAAUCAGAGACAGCUGUCAAUCGUUGUCCCUGAUUGAGAAUCAUACUUAGGCAGCCUGUGAUUCAUGUGGUUGCGGGGGGUGGUUGUAUCUCGUGUCAGUAUUAGUACCACACAAGACUGUUUUCGGUUUUGUCACGUUUGUUGUUUUUGUAUGUUAAGUGUUCAGUCUACGUUAAUUAAAGAUGACCACUUUCCACUCCGCAUAUUGGUCUGAUCCUUCUCGCCUCUGGCUGGUCCUGGCUGGACGGCUCUGGCUGGUCCUGGCUGGAUGGCUCUGGCUGGUCCUGGCUGGACGGCUCUGAAGGCUCAGUACAGACAGACAGCGCUGGGCAGGCAGACAGUUCAGACAGCGCUGGGAAGGCAGGCAGUUCAAACAGCGCUGGGCAGGCAGGCAGCUCAAACAGCGCUGGGCAGGCAGGCAGCUCAAACAGCGCUGGGCAGGCAGGCAGUUCAGGCGCCGCUGGGCAGACCGCAGACUCUGGCCGGCUGGGACGCACUGUAGACCUGGUGCGUGGUGUAGGCACUGGCUGCGCUGGAGAGGAGGAAGGCUCUGACAGCACUGGACAGGUGGGAGCAGCUGGAGAGAGAACCCGGAGAGACAGCCUGGUGCGGGGGGCUGUCACCGGUGGACUGGUACGUGGAGGUGGCACCGGGUAUACCGGACCGUGAAGGAGGACACGCGCUCUUGAGCACCGAGCCUGCCCAACCUUACCAGGUUGAAUGGUCCCUGUAGCCCUGCCAGUGCGGCAAGGUGGAAUAGCCCGCACUGGGCUUUGCUGGCGAACCGGGGACACCAUUCGUAAGGCUGGUGCCAUGUAUGCCGGCCCGAGGAGACGCACUGGAGGCCAGAUGCGUUGGGCCGGCUUCAUGACAUGACCAGCCAGAGCCGUCCAGCCAGGACCAGCCAGAGCCGUCCAGCCAGGACCCGCCAGAGCCGUCCAGCCAGGACCCGCCAGAGCCGUCCAGCCAGGACCCGCCAGAGCCGGCCAGCCAGGAUCCGCCAGCCAGCCAGGAUCCGCCAGCCAGCCAGGAUCCGCCAGCCAGCCAGGAUCCGCCAGAGCCAGCCAGCCAGGAUCCGCCCCUCAGUCCGGUGCUGCCCCUCAGUCCGGUGCUGCCCCUCAGUCCGGUGCUGCCCUUUGGUAGAGUGGGAUUGACAUGGAGGGUGGUCAUUGGGAGGAGGCCAAGGAAGCGGGGUUUGACUAUGUUGGGGACCACGACCAGCGCCAGAGCCGCCACCGUGGACAGACGCCCACCCAGACCCUCCCCUAGACUUUAUGCUGGUUCGCCCGGAGUUCGCACCUUAAGGGGGGGGUUAUGUCACGUUCCUGACCUGUUUUUCCUUUUUCUUGUGUUUAUUUAGUUGGUCAGGGCGUGAGUUGGGGUGGGUUGUCGAGGUGUUAUUUUCUUGUUGGGUUGUUUGUGUUCGGCCGGGUAUGAUUCUCAAUCAGAGACAGCUGUCAAUCAUUGUCCCUGAUUGAGAAUCAUACUUAAGCAGCCUGUGAUUCACGUGGUUGCGGGGGGUGGUUGUAUCUCGUGUCAGUAUUAGUACCACACGGGACUGUUUUCGGUUUUGUCAAGUUUGUUGUUUUUGUAUGUUAAGUGUUCAGUCUACGGUAAUUAAAGAUGACCACUUUCCACUCCGCAUAUUGGUCUGAUCCUUCUCGCCUCUCCUCCUCGUCCGAGGAGGAGGAUUACGACGAUCGUUACAAUACGAGUGUAUCUGAUCCCCCACACUGUUUUCCAAAUCAGUAUUUGUGAGUUAUUAAUAUGUGCCUGAGAUUGAGAGGACUUGGAACUCAACUCCACCUUAUUAUUGUCCACAACUGAUUAUUCUUUCUUAAGUAAUAUCUUAUUUUCUUCAGUCGUAACUAUCUUUCUAAAAAUAAAUGAAUAUAUUAUAUUAUAGUACUGUUAUCUGUUAUUGUACUGACAGUAUUGACAGUUUUAAUUUAUUAAUAUAAAAGUUUUUAUUAUUCUAUGAACAUAAUUUUCUUUCUGCUUACUUGCUGUUGUUGCCUUGCUUAUAACCCUGCAUCUCUUCUGAAACACUCUUGUGAAAUAAAAGGCACCAUUCCAAUCA